UUCACAAUUUAAAAUAUUACAAUUUCCUCCAACGAAAACCAUAUUUUUUAUCAGAAAUUAUAAUGAUGAAAGUCUGUAGAGCAUGUUUGUCAGAUAAACUUUUAUACCCUCUAGAAGAAGAAAUUGUCACCGAAUAUAAUAAGCUCACAAAUCUUAAUAUUAAAAUAUCGGAUGGAAUGCCACAGUUCAUUUGUAAAAAAUGUAAAGAAACCAUAAACGAAUUUGUAAAAUUCAGAGACAAGUCCCAUUCAUCUGAGACUACUCUUCGUGAAAAUAUAACACCAGUUAUAUUAGAAACACAAAUUGAUUUAAAAACUGAAGUUAAAACUGAUGAAGAAGAUGAAGAUGCUAAUGAUUUUCAAACAGCAUUAGAUAUUGAUAUAAUUGGUGAUAUAAGUGAAACAAAAAACCUUUUAGUUGAAAAAGAUCUUAUUCAUAAUUUGAGAAGAAAAGAAAAACAAUCAAAUAAAAAAUCUCGAGCUAACCAAAUUGGAAUUAAAAAUAAACAUUGUAAAAUUAAAAAUGAGGAAAUAAAUAGAUCAUUACAGUGUGGUAUUUGUACACAAGACUUCAGCUCCAACAUAUUGUUAAGUUCUCACAUAGAGACACACAAGAACAGUAGAAAUUGUGAGUUAUGUGAUAGGAAAUGUAGUAACUGGGCACAGCUUUUAGCUCACAGGAUGGAACACUUACCAAAUAAUCAACAGCGCUGUCACAUAUGUUCCAUGUAUUGGUGGCGGAAUUCAAAUAUGGAGCUUCAUUAUAAAAUAUAUCAUUUCCAUCAGGGACCAGGUUGGAAAUGUGAGCAAUGCUUGAAACAAUUUGAGAAACCAAAGAAACUAUAUCGACACAUGAACGUUAUACACGGUGAAAUUAAGUUCUUCUGUGAUUAUUGCUCUAAAGGAUUCCGUUCUAAAACAAGUAUAGCGGUACACAUACUAAAGCAUGAAACGCAAAAACACUUGUCGUGCGACUUGUGUGAAUAUAAAACCAAAUACCAUGCGGGACUACUAAAUCACAAGAUCAGAUACCAUACAAUGAGCAAAGUUAACUGUAAAACUUGCGAGAGAAUAUUUAAGGAUCAAGAGAGCUGUGACAAACAUAAGUGUGAUAAAGCAACGACUGUUUGUCAUGUUUGCGGUAUCGAAGAAACCAAUAGAAAGUUACUAAAACACAUGAAGAAACACAAUCCAGAAUCAAUAUAUAAAUGUCACAGGUGUCCGGCUGAGUUCAGAACGUCGAAUGGAUUGAAAGUGCACAUCAACCGACACGAGAACAAUAAGACGAAACACUGUGAAUAUUGUCCGGCUAAGUUUUAUAGUGCCAGCGUACUUAUCAAACAUCGUCGAACACAUACAGGUGAAAGGCCGUACGUUUGUAAAGUUUGUAGCAAAGCUUUCACCGGGAAUCAUAAUUUAAAGCUCCACAUGAGGGUGCAUGGCGAAUUCCUCAUCAAAAAGAAAAACAAAGAUGAUGUUACCAUAGUUUAGCAAACGUCGACGUUACUAAAAGUUCAAGAAUAUAAAUACAUAAUAAUAAUAUAAUGUAUUAUUUAUAGAAACCUAAAAUUAUUUUCGGAAAUAAAACUGUUCUUUUUUUGACAAAAUUAUUUAUUACAUUUACAGCAGUACAUAAUGUAUAAGGUAAAAAAUGUAUAUAUCACAUACAAAAAGAAAAGUCUUUGGCAAAGUACAAAACGUACUAUGAAACAUAAUAAUUGUAUACUAAAUUAAUAAAGAUAUGUAACAAUUUUAACAAAAAUACGAAGUAUGAUUAUUGAAAACAUAUGAUUAAAUUAAAUACUAAACUUAUCACACUAAGCACUUAAUUACAGGCAAGCAAAUGGACAGCAAUAUCUUAAAUUUCUAUGAACAUAAUGUAUUUCUGUAUGUGAGUUGUAUGGUGUGCCUUAAUAAAAGGUCGUUGUUUUUAUUUAACAAUAUAUUUUUAUUUAAGAAUUCGUUUAUUAAAGGAGACAAACCAAAUUAAUAGCUAGGGAGUGCUUUAAAAUAUUCAGUCUCUGUGUCAAAAAUGUUGACUUUUCAAUUCAGAGUAUAAAUAAAAAUAAAAUCAAGGAAUUAAUAAAUAAAGCAACAAAACAAAUCUCAUUUCACUACAUGAUAUAUUAGAAAUAAGUGUGUUCAUUGGCUAUUUGUUAACAACUAAAAACUUAACAAGUGAAUAAUAAACAUUGUUGAGCAAAUAAUGUAAUUAUUAAGUACAAGUGCUUUUGUAUUAUAUAUUAGAAGAAAAUAAUCCAACAAAUCACAUAGUAUCUAAAAUUCCGAUUAACCAUGGAGAUAGAUAAUAUAUGAAUAGACGAGGAAACUUAUUUUUGCGCUUUCCGAGUAGGUUGUACGACCACUAAAGCGAAGAAAAUAUUCAUUAACGAAAUUCAUAAUCAAAUAAAUCUUGAUGAAACUUAUCAUUUUCUUGAUAUAAUGCACUUGCUAAAUGUUGUAAGACAUGCCAAAAAAAUGUCUUAAUACACAAUGUAAUCUCAACGCCCAAGAAGCACACGAUCCUUACUUUGACGGAAAGAGAGGACCGAUGUCUAUUGACGUCAUAGGCCAGUAAUAUUUAACCUGUCAAAUAUUACUUAAUUUGGCAGUGAUACCUGAUUUGAAUGUAAAAAGGUACUUAACUACCAGUUUUAAGUACUUAUACUUCAAUAUCUUAAAAGUUCCAGUCUUAGUAAAUACAAUACUUAAUUUUAAUUAAACUACAGAAUAAAUUAAAUCACUCAAUUACUUACAUACAUAGACAACCAAAAUUUUACAAGCACUUGUAUUAAACAAAUUAACGA